AUGACCAACGUCACACAAGUGACGGCAUUCCUGCUCCUGGGGUUCUCAGAGGUCCAGGAGCUGCAGCUGGUCCAUGCCGUGCUGUUCCUCUUGGUCUACCUGGCGGCCCUGGUGGGGAAUCUCCUCAUCAUCACCAUCACCACCCUAGGCUGGUGCCUCCACACCCCCAUGUACUUCUUCCUCAGGCACCUGUCUGUCCUCGACCUCUGCCUCAUCUCCAUCACUGUCCCUAAAUCCAUCCACAACUCCCUGAUUAAUGACAGAUCCAUCUCUUUCCUGGGCUGUGUCCUCCAGGUUUUUUUUGCUCUUUCAUCAGUAUUUACAGAACUGGUCAUCCUCACAGUGAUGUCCUACAACCAAUAUGUGGCCAUCUCCCGCCCCCUGCACUAUGAGGUCGUCAUGAAUCGAGGGGCCUGUGUGAAGAUGACCACCGCCUCAUGGCUGAGCUGGGUGCUGUCUGCUGCAUUACACACAGCCAGCACCUUCUCCUUCUCUUUCUGUGGGUCCAACGUUGUAGGCCAGUUCUUCUGUGACAUCCCCCAGUUACUCACCAUCUCCCACUCUCCUGACCUCCUCAACGAGGUGGUGCCCAUCUGCGUCAAAGUGGCUUUCGACUUCUGCUGUUUCAUUGGCAUCGCUGUCUCCUACAUCCAUAUCAUGGCAGCCGUGCUGAGGAUGCCGGCAACAGAAGGCUGA